GCGGCCGGAGCGGCGGGCGCGGCGCGGCGCGACGCCGAGCGUCCUGUCAGGCGGCGGAGGGCGCCGCGGACCCGCGCCGCGAUGAUGCCGAUGAUAUUAACCGUGUUCUUGAGCAACAAUGAACAGAUUUUAACAGAAGUUCCUAUAACACCAGAAACAACAUGUCGGGAUGUUGUAGAAUUUUGCAAGGAACCUGGAGAAGGCAGUUGCCAUUUAGCUGAAGUGUGGAGGGGAAAUGAGCGUCCCAUACCCUUUGAUUAUAUGAUGUAUGAACAUCUUCAGAAGUGGGGGCCACGAAGGGAAGAAGUGAAAUUCUUUCUUCGACAUGAAGAUUCCCCAACCGAGAGCAGUGAACAAGGUGGCCGUCAGACCCAAGAGCAAAGAACUCAGAGAAAUGUAAUAAAUGUACCUGGAGAAAAACGCACUGAAAAUGGGAUUGGGAAUCCACGUGUCGAACUUACCCUCUCAGAACUCCAAGAUAUGGCAGCUAGGCAACAACAGCAAAUUGAAAACCAGCAGCAAAUGUUGGUUGCCAAGGAACAGCGUUUACAUUUUCUAAAGCAACAGGAGCGCCGUCAGCAGCAGUCUAUUUCUGAAAAUGAAAAGCUUCAGAAAUUGAAAGAAAGAGUUGAAGCCCAGGAAAAUAAACUGAAGAAGAUCCGUGCCAUGAGAGGACAAGUAGACUACAGCAAAAUCAUGAAUGGCAAUCUGUCUGCUGAAAUAGAAAGGUUCAGUGCCAUGUUCCAGGAAAAGAAGCAAGAAGUACAGACUGCGAUUUUAAGAGUUGAUCAGCUCAGUCAGCAAUUGGAAGAUUUAAAGAAGGGAAAACUGAAUGGGUUCCAGUCUUACAAUGGCAAGCUGACAGGACCAGCAGCAGUGGAGCUGAAAAGACUGUACCAAGAGCUACAGAUUCGUAAUCAGCUCAACCAGGAACAGAAUUCAAAGCUCCAGCAGCAGAAGGAGCUCUUGAAUAAGCGCAACAUGGAGGUGGCCAUGAUGGACAAGCGGAUCAGCGAACUGCGUGAACGUCUUUAUGGGAAAAAAAUUCAGCUGAGCCGUGUGAAUGGCACGUCUUCGCCACAGUCACCCCUGAGCACGCCUGGCAGGGUCGCUGCGGUGGGGCCUUACAUCCAGGUUCCCAGCGCCGGCAGCUAUCCUGCCCCUGGAGACCCCAUAAAGCCCCAGUCUCUCACUAUCGCCUCAAGUGCUGCCCACGGAAGAUCCAAAUCCGAUGGCCACGGUAAACCCAGAGUGACCAGCUCGUGGACAGUGUCAGACCUCGACGUCGGGCCUGACUGUGGCUCGUCACAGCGCCCCACAAGCCCGUUUGCAAACCCCAAUGAUGGAAACUGGCCAACAUUAAAACACAAUUCUAGCUCUUUGGUGAAAGUGACGCAGAUCGCCAGCGUGGAGUGGAAGGACUCGAACGUGGAGGGGCCUCUCAGGCAGGGGCCCGUCUUGAGCCAGCCUGUGCCCGUGCCGGCCUUGGGAGCCCCGGAGAAGCAGGGCAUCGAGAUUGGUAAAGUGCCACCUCCCAUCCCUGGUGUCGGCAAGCAGCUGCCUCCAAGCUAUGGGACGUACCCAAGCCCUGCGCCCGUGGGCCCAGGCUCGACAAACUCCCUGGAGAGGAGGAAGGAGGGCAGCUUGCCCAGGCCCAGCGCAGGCCUGCCCAGUCGGCAGAAACCUGCACCGCUGCCCCCUGCAGGUGGCCCCCACCAGCCAGGGUCCUCGCAGCAGAUUCAGCAGAGGAUUUCUGUGCCACCAAGUCCCACGUACCCGCCGGCAGGGCUGCCUGCCUUUCCAGCUGGAGACGGCAAACCUGAACUCCCACUAACUGUGGCCAUUAGGCCCUUCCUGGCUGAUAAAGGGUCAAGGCCACAGUCCCCCAGGAAAGGCCCACAGACGGUGAAUUCAAGUUCCAUAUACUCCAUGUACCUCCAGCAAGCCACGCCACCUAAGAAGUACCAGCCAGCGGCGCACAGCACCUUAAAUAAGUCGGUGAAAGCAGUGUAUGGUAAACCUGUUCUGCCGUCCGGCUCCACGUCCCCGUCGCCGCUACCGUUUCUUCACGGGUCGCUGGCCACAAGCGCCUCGCAGCCCCUGCCCCCUUCAGAAAGUGCUGAGAAGGAGCCAGAGCAGGACAGCCCUGCCCCCGCCGGAGACGGGGCCGCCGUGGAGAGCCUGCCGCGGCCGCUCAGCCCCACCAAGCUCACGCCCAUUGUGCACUCGCCGUUGCGCUACCAGAGCGACGCUGACCUGGAGGCCCUGCGCAGGAAGCUGGCCAACGCGCCCCGGCCCCUGAAGAAGCGCAGCUCCAUCACGGAGUCCGAGGGCCCCGGCGGGCCCAACAUCCAGAAGCUGCUGUACCAGCGCUUCAACACCCUGGCUGGGGGCAUGGAGGGCACCCCCUUCUACCAGCCCAGCCCCUCGCAGGACUUCCUGGGCUCCUUAGCCGAUGUGGACAAUGGGAACACCGCCGCCAACGGGAACCUGGGCGAGGCCGGCCCCGCCCUGCCCACGGCCCCACUCCCGGCCGAGCCUGCCCCCGCCUCGGACGCCAAUGACAACCGGCUCCCGUCCCCCGAACCGGAGGGGCUCAUCUGUCCCCCGAACACCCACCAGACAGCCGAGCCCGCCGAGGACGACAACAACAACGUGGCCACGGCCCCGCCCGCUGAGCCGGUGCCCCCGUCCCUGGGGGAGGAGCGCCUGCCCGCAUCGCUCCCCACCGCCGCGCCCCUGCCGGCGGCCCCUACGAGCAAACGGACCAACCUGAAGAAGCCCAACUCGGAGAGGACGGGGCACGGGCUGAGGGUCCGCUUCAACCCGCUGGCGCUGCUCCUUGACGCCUCCCUGGAGGGGGAGUUCGACCUGGUGCAGAGGAUCAUCUACGAGGUGGAGGACCCCAGCAAGCCCAACGACGAGGGCAUCACCCCGCUGCACAACGCCGUCUGCGCCGGCCACCACCAGAUUGUGAAGUUCCUGCUGGACUUUGGCGUCAACGUGAACGCCGCCGACAGCGACGGCUGGACACCGCUGCACUGCGCCGCUUCCUGCAACAGCGUCCACCUCUGCAAGCAGCUGGUGGAGAGUGGCGCCGCCAUCUUCGCCUCCACCAUCAGCGACGUUGAGACGGCUGCGGACAAGUGCGAAGAGGCGGAGGAAGGCUACUCUCAGUGCUCCCAGUUCUUACACGGGGUGCAGGAGAAGUUGGGCGUGAUGAACAAAGGCGUGGUGUACGCUCUGUGGGCUUACGAGGCCCAGAACAGCGACGAGCUGUCCUUCCACGAAGGGGACGCCCUCACCGUCCUGAGGCGCAAGGACGAGAGUGAGACCGACUGGUGGUGGGCUCGCUUGGGGGACCGGGAGGGCUACGUGCCCAAAACCCUGCUGGGGUUGUACCCACGGAUCAAACCCCGACAGCGAACACUGGCCUGAACUUCCCUUUGGAGCACCGCACGGGCUCUCCAGCGACAAGGAGCCACUGAAGAGGUGAUUCUGCCAUUUCCCCGGGGAGCUGAAGCUAGACAUGGCUUUACCGGUGCUCCCUUCAGCAGACAGCGUCCACAAUGUGAAACCCCGGCAGGUUCUAGGUGAGGCCCUUUCUCCGGUCUGCCCGCAGCUGGGAGAGAGACCUUCACCUCCAAGACCACCGACUUUUGCCAGUUACUGUAAAUCCGAAUAAAUACCCAGCUUUCUAAACAACCGCCCCUGUUGCCAGUAAGAAGCCCUGUAAUUAACCCCUGGUCGGUUGCCAAGGAAGACGAAUGCUGUCACAGACUUGGGCCCCAAGGCCGUCGUCCCUCAUUCCCGGUGUCACCCCAGCCCCAACAAUGAAAACUUGUAGCUGCUGUGAGGUGCGUCGCCUCGCUAGAGCCCUGCCCUCCUGUUGACUGGAAAUCACAGAAACCCGGGCACCUUUCUCAUCCUCACCACAUGCGUUUCUUCAUCACCAGAGGAGCCCCCGUGUGGAGACUUCGGUCCAGCGGUGGUGCCUGGUGUGUGGGCUCCACUUCCUGUUCCGGGCCUCAGUCUAGGUCACCGACAGGCCAUGGACACGAGGGACCUUAAGAGCGAGUGACACGUGGUCAGGAGUCUCAGCACAGCACUGCCUUCUCUGCAGCCUCUUGCUGCCCCGGUGUGGUCCUCGCCCCUCCCGGUGUGGACGUGCUCUGCCGAGGGCUGUGCAACCCGCAGGCCAGGAGGCGGUGGACACGGGGACGCCUGCAAAGUCACGGGGCGGCUAUAGGGGCGGGAGGGCAGGGCCCCGGCUCCCCGGUCCCGGCCAUGACACCAUAACCUCUGCCUGGUUCCAGACUUGAAGCAAGUAAGGCGCUUCCCUGAAGCGUCAAUUGUACGUACAGGCUUUUAUAUACCAAAACUAUUUUUUGACUAAACCACUUGAAACUGUCAGAACCAUGUUGGAAAUGUUUUUUUCUCUCAUUAAAAUCCAGGCCCUGAGCUUAUUUUCCAUGUACGAGUCUUGUGUGUAAUUUACGUAUAGACACGUGUAGAUUCUUGUUGUAGUCGCCUACCUUUAAGCACUGAUUGAUUGUGUACACAGUGUGCUGAUGAGAAGCGAACACCCUGCAGGGCAGUCUCUCUCCGCUGAUGCCAUGUAAACGUGCACACAAUAAACCGCUGUCUCUCGCC